AUGGAUAGCUAUCAUAAAUUGGAAAAGAUCGGAGAAGGGACUUAUGGCGUAGUGUACAAAGCUCAGAACCCGCAUGGUGAAAUGUUUGCCCUAAAAAAAAUCCGAGUUGAAGAGGAAGACGAAGGAAUUCCUUCAACUGCAAUACGAGAAAUCAGUUUGCUAAAAGAGCUUCAUCACCCAAACAUAGUUAGACUAUGCGAUGUCAUUCACACGGAGAAGAGAUUGACCCUAGUAUUUGAAUAUCUCGAUCAGGAUCUAAAGAAAUUACUCGACGUUUGUGAUGGUGGGCUUGAACCCAGCACGACUCGAUCCUUUUUAUACCAGCUACUCUGUGGAAUUAGCUACUGCCACCAACAUCACAUUCUGCACAGGGAUUUAAAACCACAAAAUUUACUAAUUAACAGGGAAGGGGCGCUAAAAUUAGCGGAUUUUGGUCUUGCGAGGGCCUUUGCAAUUCCCGCACGCAGCUACACUCAUGAAGUGGUUACGCUUUGGUACCGUGCCCCGGAUGUUUUAAUGGGAUCACAUAAAUACUCCACGCCAGUAGAUAUUUGGAGUGUGGGCUGUGUAUUUGCAGAAAUGGUUAAUGGCAAACCUUUGUUCCCGGGUGUAUCGGAGGAGGACCAGCUAAAUCGAAUUUUUAAGUUAUUAGGGACACCAAACAUAGAAACUUGGCCACAGCUAUCAGAAUUGCCAUCUUAUAACCCAGAAUUCUCAAAAUAUGACUCUCAGCCUCUUCAAAAUUUCAUUCCCAACCUGGGAGAUUUGGGAAUUGAUUUAUUGAAGUGCAUGCUGAAAUUAAAUCCACAGGAACGGAUAACUGCCAAGGAUGCCCUACUUCAUCCAUAUUUUGAUGAUAUACCUGAAGAAUUGAAGGUUAAUAGUAGAUUUUGA